AUGGCCUCUACCAGGGCCAAUACCGGAACCGGUGACGGCGUCUGGUUCCAAGCCAUAUCAACCACCUCCUGGAAGGUCACAGCCCCCUCAACGACCUCCCCGCCCAAGCCAUGUGCCGUCAAUCUUGGACAACUCCCGCGUGCAAGAUCCCACUCCAGUCUUCCAAUACCAACCCCAAAAUGUAAGGGACUCGGAACAAAGUUUCAGCAGCUCUAUCCCCCCAACCCCCUCGUCCCUCCAAACAGCUUCUUCUACGGCAUCGAUCCCCGACUUUCCACUACCCAUCUCUACCGCGCCUCCGGGCAUCCCUCCUCCUCGAAGGAGCGUGACCUUAGGUCCACCUCCUUCAGCUCGAAGAGUGCCGCCAUGCCCGAGAGCUUCGGAAGUUUGUCCCCUAGCAAUAGUCCUUCAUAUCCCGACCCCUCCUAUGACGAAAUGAUGAGGGCCAAUGGUCAAGAGCGGAACUCGCUUGAUAUGGACGAGAGCCAACUUGUGAGGAGUGCUAGCAUCGGUAAACGGGGCAGGCCGCAUCUCGUUAUGAAUAAAGGGGUGACCGCAGGCGCGGCGCCUAAACGGCCAGGGCCGAACCCGAUUCAGGAUCCAUUCGCGGACGGAACGGGUUACGUAGAAGCGUCGAGUUCCGAAAAUACAGCUACCGCCUCGAAACCCGAUACUCCGCCGAACGCCAUCGUAGCGAAUGCGGUUGGUGCCGCCCAAGCCCGCAGAACACUCUCACCAUCACCACCGCAUGCGCCUUAUAAUCGAUUAUCUGCUAUCCGGCGACCUCCGAGAUUGGAUAUGGAGGCAGUGGAGAGGGCAAAUUCUAGGGGAAGUAUGACGAGUCUCCCGGACCUCAUCAAACGGGCCACACGACUCGCGGCUAUGAUAGACCGGGGCAAACGCCCAGCGAGCCGCUUCGAAGAAUUAGACUUUCCUGAUGAGAAGGCUGCUGGGCGGGAUUCGGAUCGCUAUUCACUAGCUGAUGACCGGCAUCAAUCUGGAUUUUCAGAUAUGUUGGCGGCGUUUCCCCCUCCGGCACAAGCAACUUCGCGUACGAGUCGAGUGGGUAGUUGGUUUAAGAACACCGCUUCUUGGCCUCUACCUCCUAGUCGCGGACAAAUGAACCAACAAACCAGUGUUACCGAUGCACCGCGGGCAAAGAAGUCUUCGUCUUCUUCCUCUCAACAGAAUAAGAGGAGGAAGUUCUGUGGCCUCCCAUUGUGGGGUUUUAUCGUGAUCAUCAUUGUCGUCCUUGGUAUCAUCGCAGCCGCCAUCCUCGUGCCCCUCCAAUUCUUCGUCUUCCGUAAUCUCGGAGGCCCCUUUGGCGAUUCUGCUCUGGCUCAAUGCCGCGAACAACUUACAUGCGAGAAUGGUGGUACCAAUGUCGUAGCACGCAAUGUAUGCUCUUGCAUCUGCACAAAUGGGUUCACUGGCUCCAACUGUACCAUUGCUGGUUCAGCUGGGUGCACGACGACAAGCUUGGCCACCCUAAACCAGUCGCCGGGCAUUGAUAACGUCACCCUUGGACAGGCGAUCCCGCGCCUAAUUUCGGAUGCUCAGGGCAACUUCUCCGUCCCCCUCUCCGGCACCGAAAUUCUUGCUCGUUUUAAUUCCGGGAGCCUUUCCUGCACUGCCCAAAACUCUCUCGUAACAUUUGACGGUCGCUCCGCAAGGAACGGUGGGGCACAAGCCAGCGUCCUAGGUGCAGCUGUUGAUGGUGAUGCCGACGAUGCUGCCGUUGUGGGCGCCGCUGCCGCUGUCGCUGUAUUUGUUGCAGUGGAGGUUAUCACCAUCAUACCCAACCCGGUAAACGCGGCCUCCGGUUCGUCAAUUGCCGGAUUCCAAACAAUUCCGGUGGUUACGACAAUCUCCAGGACUCUCAUCAAUACACUCACAAACAGGAUCCCUGGCACGACGACAACCACAGUUACCACAACGCUUCCGCCGACUGCGACAAGCAUGCCCAUGUCGACCUCGUUUGUGGUUUCGGAAGAUGUGUUGGACUUUGCACGAGUUGCGGUGCUUUUUAUCCUCCAGGAGGACGGCAUCUCGGACGCUUCACGCGCCCAGUCGGUGCUGCAGCGCUUCUUCACAACAUCGAAUUCUGCCAACGGCCGUGGCACUACGCUGACAACAGACGCGGCGUCGAACGUUGAUCUCGGGAACGGAAACUCUAUCGACCUGGUCAACUUUCGGGUCAAUGCUGGAUCUGGCCUUACUGGUGGUAGGACCUUUAAGAGAGCACUAGAGCCAGAAGAUGCUGUAGCUCGACCCCCUAUCGUUCCGUGA